GCGAUUCUGGUUGGCUGCUUCUCUGGUGCUGGCGUCGCCGCCCUUGACCUCAGCACAGUCGACGUUGAAGUUGUCGGCCACCCUGACCAUCGAGAAGAGUGACGACAAGGCGAAGACCAAUGAGCAGAUCGGCCAACUUCUCAGCCACGCGAAGGAGCAGAAGUUUGAGGGAAACGUGCAGCGAUUCCUGGAGAACAUGGUGCACCAACUCCAGAAAGUCAUGGAAGCUGCCAAGGUGGUAGAGGAAAAGAAGUCGACGGAAGUUCCCAAAGACUUCACUCCGCCAAAAUACCGGGUCAAGGCAAUGCCCAAGUUGAAUGCCAAGAAGAUCACGGUCAAGAAGAUGACCGCGGUAGACUUGGCAAAGCGUCUCGAGGAGGGCAAGGAUAUCAAUUUCAAGGAGCCGAUGCUCAUCACCAACGCGACGAGUCUGUUCGCGCCUGGCGCCUGGGAUGAG